UUUCAUCCGGGUACCGCAGCGCAGCAACCUAUGAGGCCAAAGACACCAAUAUGGCGGAGGCUUCCUUGGGGAGUUCGAGCCCUGUUGGCUCUUUGUCUUCAGAGGAUCACGACUUUGAUCCAACCGCUGAGAUGUUGAUUCAUGAGUAUGAUGAUGAGAGAACAUUGGAAGAGGAAGAGCUUUUAGAAGGAGAGAGAAAUUUCAGUGCAGAACUGUCCGACUUGGAAAGGGAGGGGAACAUGCCGAUCGAUGAGCUGUUGGCCAUGUAUCGUUACGAGGCGUCAGUCAGUACUGGUGCAGGAUCAAGCAUUGACAGUUCCUCUGUUGAACUAGCAGAUGAUCUGCCUGACAUGACCCUGGAUAAGGAGGAGAUUGCUAAAGAUCUCCUGUCAGGAGAUUAUGAGGAGGAGACCCAGUCGUCUGCUGAUGAUCUGACCCCUUCUGUCACUUCCCAUGAGGCCACGGAUUUCUUCCCCAGAACUCUAAGAUCCAAUGUAACAUAUGACGGUGAUAAAGAAUCUGAGGGGGAGGAGGACGGUGUAAACAGUGAAGAUUCUAGAAAGGAAAUAAUGGUGGGAUCUCAAUAUCAAGCAGAAGUCCCAGCAGGGCUCAGCCACUAUAAUGAUGAUGAAAAGGUGUACGAGGAGGAAGAUCAGCUGCUGUGGUGUCCUGACGAACUGUCAGAGUAUAAAGUGAAAGACUACCUCAGAGAAGCACUGUCACAGUCUACAGAUGACCGCACGCAUUAUUCCACAUCUGAACACAUACGAGACAACGAGCAGGCUUUGUUUGAGCUUUUGAAAUGUAAUUAUGACACUCGUGAGGCGCUGGUUCGAUACUGCAGUAAUGUAAAGACCUCAAAAGAAGAAUCACCACCAUGGUCAGAGGAGGAAUGUAGGAACUUCGAACAUGCGCUGCAGAUUUAUGAGAAAAACUUCCAUCUUAUUCAGAAACACAAGGUUCAAACACGGACUGUAGCAGAAUGUGUGGCUUUUUACUACAUGUGGAAAAAGUCAGAACGUUUUGACUACUUUGCUCAACAGAACCGAUUUGGCAAGAAGAAAUACAGCUGUUACCCUGGUGUGACGGACCUGAUGGAUCGGCUGGUAGACGAGGCUGAGGGUCUGGCAGUGGACGGCUCUUCACCGGUGUGUUCAGCUGGAGCAGGAGGAAGACUAGAGGCAUCGGCAGAGCAACAGCUCGGACUGCUCAACUCUAUCACUGCCAGUGACCUCACAGCUCUUAGUAACAGUGUAGCGAAUGUGUGCAACGGUCCAGCAGAGAUGAGCUGUUUGGACUCUCCGUUCUUCCCCCCUCUGGAAAGUUUGCACCGAGCAGCCCUGAACCAUGACGAUCAGCUCAGCUACGGAACGAAUGGAGACGGCGUCUGCCUCAACAUGCUGGAUUCAGGCUUUUACCGCUCUGACCUGGGCCAGCUCAGCAUGUGCAGCAGCAAAGACUGCGAACGACCCUCCAAGAGGCUCAAAAUGGGCCUUUCAGAGUCCUUCAUCAACGACGUGGACUUCGAGGGCAGACGAGCACAUCGCAUCACAGGCGCCACAAUGGCGGUUUCGGUCACAGACUUCAGUGGCAUCGGGAGUGAAGCCAACGCUUUCAUCAGCUCUCAUUCUCGACACCACCAACACACUGCACUUCAGUCCGACUGACUCUCUAGUUCUGACAUCCAGACUCACCUUCAUCCGCUCACUGACUAUUAGUUCUUUUUUAAAUUAAAAAAUGAUAUCUAUAUAUAAAUAUAUGAAUAUACUUUUUGGUCUUUUUUGUUUUUGUAAUAUGACAUCAGUGAUGUCUUUAUUGUACAGAAAUAAGGAAUCUUGAUUUCUCAAGAGUUUAAAUAGCCAUUUAUUUUUCUGGUCCUUCAGAUAUUUAAUAUCCUUUUUGUCUUCGGUGAACUACAGUUAAACCUAAAUGCUGGAGCAGAGAGCCGUGGUCUCUUACUGUACUCAUCCCAACAUCUACAUCUUUCAGCGUUUUUUUUUUUUUUUUUUUUUUUUUUUUUUGUCGUUGCCUCUGAAACUGCAUUUUUCGUUGUUUUAGGAUUUUUCACAAACACCUUUGUUUCUGAAAAUGGUACCUUUUUUUCAGUGUUUACACCGCCCAAGAUAGGCUACCCCUUGGGAAAUGUAGCAUUUUGUAUAUCUGGAAACUGGCUUUUGUAAUUGAGAAUAGUGAUUUCUUUAGAGUGAAAGACUGACAUGUUUAAACAAAGAGCACUUACAGUCUAUGAGAUGUUUCCAGUGUAUUGGCCCUCUUUUUUUGUUGAGAUAACCAAGUGUUUAUGAAAAAAGUCUUGUAAAUGGUUAGUGUUCGGGUUAUUUGUAGAUCUAAGCUUUAAUAAGUCAAUUUAUUGUAGUAAUUGGAACAUUUAAUGAGUUACUAUUUUUUGGCCUAUAUUGAAGUAUCAUUAUUGACUUGAUCUUUCUCAGCUGCACACUGUUAAAAAUGUACAUUUUUAUAUGGAGCCAGAUCAGUCUCAAAAAUGAUACAUUUAAAAACUAUAAUUGAUGCAUUCACAACACAAUUCACAAUUUCCAAUUUGUAAAUACAAAACACAAUUCAAAAAUACACAAUUUCAAUUUGUUAAUACUACACCAAUCCUAUUCGUAAAUUCAAAUCACUAUUCAAAAUACACGAAUCCUCUUCGUAUUUUCAAAACACAAUUCAAAAAUCCACCAAUCCAAUUCGAAAAUUCAAAACGCGGUUCAAAAACACGCAAAUCCGAUUCAUAAAUUCAAAACACGAUUCAAUAAUACACAACUUCAUUUCGGAUAUCCAUAACGAUUCAAAAUUACGCAAAUUCCAUUCGUAGAUUCAAAUCACUAUUCUAAAGCACACAACUCCAUUUGUAAAUUCAAAAAUACACAUUCGAUUUGUUAAUUUAAAUCACGAUACAAAAAUACACAAAUCCAAUUCGUAAAUUCAAAAGAUGAUUAAAAAAUACACAAAUUCGACACAUGAUUUCAUAAUAUACACAACUUCAAUUUAUUUGGAUUAACUAUUAAAUUAACUAUUUAUGAUUUUUACUUGUGAAUUUACAAGUUGUGUGUUGUAUUCAUGGUUACAAAUUGUAUUUUGUAAAUGUGAAUUGUGCUGUGCAUGUAUGAACUUCAUAAAUGUUUUAUUUUUGAGAAUUUUCUAGCUCCAUAUUUUAGUCUGCAAAGUUUUUUUGUUUGUUUAAGAUUUGGCACUCAAAUGCUUCAUGUGACAUUUAUGAGACUGUCAUAUGCAUUUGACAGUAUUAGUCUGAAUUGUGUAUAAAUAUUAGUCCAUGAGUGUGCAGAACAUUUAUGAUUUCCCUUUUGAGUGUAAAUUUAUACCCUUAACAAAGGUCAUUUUUACCAAGCGUAACUUUUGCUGGUGCUCAACUUUAGUACCAUUUGAACCAGUGUUAAUUUUUCAGCUAUGCAUUAUGUAUAUUUUGUAGCUGCCAGGGGUACAGAGAACACCUGAAUGUUAAUUGAGCUAAUUGUUAAUCACUCUUGACCUCUUCUGUUGUGUAUUGUAUGCAUGAAGCAGACGGGACUCUUGUUGAUCCUUUGACAUAUUUCAAGCUGAUUAAUAUUACAUGCCAAAAAAAAAACAAUCAGCUUGACGCACUGUAUCAAAACCGAUACUGCCUCCGAGCUCGAGUCCUUCCUGCUAUUUUGCAUUUCAAAACAAUUACUUUGUUCGUUUGUAUACUAAAAUCCCUGAUUUUGUAAUUAGGGAAAAGCAAAAAUGUGAAAAAUAGUGUUUAUAGCAAUAAGAUGUAGAUAUGUACAGAUUGUUGAAAGUCUUACAAUAUUCAUAGCUUAUUUUCACCUUCGUUUACUGCAGUGACAGACGUCAAAUGCAUGCUGAUUAUGGUUGCUUGCUAAAAUAUCACAGCCUUUCUUUAGUUUUUAUUUGAGCGAUGUGUUUUAUGAACACUCCGAUGUAAACCUAUUCAUUCAUCAUUAGUUUAAUUCGAUUCUUGAUUCUUAACGGCUGCUAUUAGUAAUGUGAAGAGUCAAUUUUCCAUUGAAUGCACUGCGUUUGCAAUUAUGAGUUGAGUUGAGAGAGUUCUGUGCAUCUCCAUUAAGCAUGUUUGAGCUGUGAUUACUGAUGUUGAUUCAAAUGAAUGCCAUUAUUCAUGAAUGAUUAGAAAGCACUACUUUUUUUUGUUGUUGUUGCUCAGAAAUGUUCAGCAUACAUCAACAAAUGUAGUACUUGGUGCUCAUAUCAUUUGUUUUUAUUUUCAUACCUUAAAAUGCUUUUAUUCUUCUGUAUUAGUACUUUAAAAACGAUACCGUGAAUUGACAGACAUUUUACCCCCAAAGUGUUUUGCAUAUUAAAAUGGAUUAAGUCGAAUUGCAGAAUGUACAGGUUGCUUUGACCUAUAAAAGUAAACAUUUUACAUCUUAAAUAUAUUGAGAAGAGUUUGGUAAAGUGGAUGUGCGUAUGUUUUAUGUAUUUAAUUUAGAAAUUUUGAAAUAUAUAUAUAUAUUCAAUAGAGGUUUUUACAUUGAACCACGGAGAGGAAGGCAAUGGUAAAACUUGUGAAUAAGAAAACCCCCCCAACAAAUCCUAUAAAUGUAAAUCCAUAUAUACAGACAAUCAUAACAUUUAAUGACAGAAUUAUUCAGAUAUCUCUAUUGUUUCUAAAAUCUGUACAUAUGAUUGUAUUGCUUUUCUUUUUCAUUAUUUUGUAUUUUUGUUGUACUUUAUUACUUGGUGUAAAAAGCUCCAGAAAUAAAAGCUCUGGAAACAAA